CCGCCCAGUAGUGCGAUAUGCGCAUUCCUUUUGGCUUCCUGAAAUGACUUUCUUGUCUGAGAGGGUCCAACAUCACUGUACCACCAGCUAUGAUGUUUUCCGGACUGUCUUGAAAUAAAGUCUCUUCCCGACCUCCAAAUUGCUGCCAGAAUGUCAUCCAUAGAUCCCUAUCAGUACAUCAUAGUUGAGCAUCAGUAUUCUCAUAGAUUGAAAGUAAAUGUGGUGAGAGCUGAAAAUGUUACGAAAGGAGCAUUUGGGGAUUUAUUGGACACCCCAGACCCUUACGUGGAACUGUCCAUACCAACCACACCAGAGUCAAGAAAACGGACACACCACAUAAAUAACGACAUUAACCCGAAAUGGAAUGAAACAUUUGAAUUCAUAUUGGAUCCCAAUCAACCCAAUGUUUUGGAGAUGACACUGAUGGAUGCUAAUUAUGUCAUGGACGAAACUCUGGGCACAGCUAAAUAUUCCCUCUCAAAGCUCAAAGUGGGGCAGACAGAGCAUGUGACCCUAUCUAUUGGCAAGACGACAAAAGUGUUCCUCGACUUGUUCUUAGAAGUGUGUGGAUCCACAGACUUGCGCUUCAGCAUGGCACUGUGUGAUCAGGAGAAACUCUUCAUGCAGACACGCAGGGACAGAGUUAUGCUCAGCAUCAAGAAGCUUCUAAAAAUGGAAAACCCACGCUUCCUUCCAGCCUCACCUAGAGAAGUUCCCAGCAUCGCCAUUUUGGGUUCUGGAGGUGGUUUCCGUGCAAUGGUUGGUUUCUCUGGUGUGAUGAAGGCUCUGUAUGAAUCUGGGGUGCUUGACUGUGCAACAUACCUGGCAGGACUUUCUGGAUCAACAUGGUAUAUGUCCAUGCUGUACUCGCACCCUGAGUUUCCCGCUAAAGGCCUAGCGGAUAUUAAUAUGGAGCUGAUGAACAGAGUUAGCAAUAACCCGCUCAAACUGCUCCUGCCCCAAAACAUCAACCGCUACGUUAAAGCACUGUGGAAGAAGAAAUCGGCUGGACAGCCUGUCACCUUCACUGACAUCUUCGGGAUGUUGAUCGGAGAGACUCUUAUACCAGGGAGAAUGAACACUAAACUGAGCUCCAUGCAGGCGAAGAUUAAUGAAGGUCAGAGCCCCCUUCCUCUCUUCACCUGUCUGCACGUCAAACCUGAUGUCUCUGAGCUCAUGUUCGCAGACUGGGUGGAGUUCAGCCCGUAUGAGAUUGGCAUGGCCAAAUACGGCACCUUCAUGUCUCCAGGGCUGUUUGGAAGCAAGUUCUUUAUGGGAAGCGUUGUGAAACAAUAUGAGGAAAACCCCAUUCAUUUCCUUAUGGGUGUAUGGGGCAGUGCUUUCUCCAUCCUCUUUAACCGGGUUCUGGGGGUGAAGGAGACAACCAGCAGUAGCACAAUGGAGGAGGAGCUAGAGCAAAUUAAACCCGAGCAUAUUGUGGGUGAUGAUUCAGCGGAUAAUGAAGAGGAAACUCAAAGGGGAGGCACAGAGAACGCAGAGGCAGAAGAUGAGCGGCAGCGUCAUGCCCAGGCUAGCUGGGUUCAGCGCAUGUUGACCUCCAUAAUGGGGGACACCACCCUUUUCACCACACGUGAGGGCCGUGCCGGCAAGGUGCACAAUUUCAUGCUGGGACUCAACCUAAACUCUACCCUGCCCUUCUCUCCCUUCAGCGGCUACACGAACCAGACCUCAGUGGAUGAGGAGGUUGAUGCUGUUACAGAUCCUGAUGAGUUUGAGAGAAUCUAUGAGCCCCUAGAUGUGAAGAGUAAGAAAAUCCACGUGGUGGACAGCGGUCUUACCUUUAACCUGCCCUAUCCUCUCAUUCUGCGGCCACAGAGAGGAGUUGAUCUCAUCAUUUCCUUUGACUUCUCAGCCAGGCCCAGUGACUCCAGCCCACCAUUUAAAGAAAUACUGUUGGCUGAAAAAUGGGCCCGUAUGAAUAAGCUGCCGUUCCCUAAGAUCGAUUCGAAAGUAUUUGACCGAGAGGGUCUGAAAGAGUGCUAUGUGUUCAAACCCAACAAGGGAGACAAGACCUGCCCCACCGUCAUUCAUUUCGUCUUGGCCAACAUCAACUUUCGGAACUUUAAAGCCCCAGGAGUUCCCAGAGACACAGACAAAGACAUUGAGUUUGGCGACUUUGACAUAUUUGACGAUCCAGCCUCUCCCUACUCUACUUUCAACUUCCAAUACUCCAACCAGGCCUUCAAGAGGCUUCAUGACCUCAUGGAGUUCAACACGCUCAACAACAUUGAGGUUAUAAAAGAAGCGAUUAAAGACAGCAUUAUGCAGAGACGAGAGAACCCCUCACGCUGUUCGGUUUCCCUAUCACUCAAUGAGAUUGAAAACAAGAAGUUCCUGAAACGAGAUACCAGCAUUGCAAAACGACACACCUAACAGAUAGCUGCAACAAGCUACCCAACAGCCAUGACGUGUGAGACUGCAUCGAUCCACGGGUGCUGGUUCUCAUUCAGCCAUUUCAUGAGAAUCACUGAGCAGAUUCAUCAGACAAGACUGGAUUGACCUUAUUACAGGGUCAUUUUUAUGCUGCCUUCCAGACAACUUUGAAUUCUCCCACCUCCUACUUAAAGAUAACCACUGGAAAGGGGCUUUUGGUCAGACUUCCAAUUCAUACCAACCAGGGUUAACUAAAAUUAAAACCACGUUUAUCAAUGAUUCUAAAAUAACACUCCAAUAAAAAGGGCAAUUUGAUGUCAUUACCAAGAUGGUGGCAAAUAAAAUGACAUUCCGUUGGUUGUUUUGAGGUAGAGGUGGACAAUUCCAAAAAUCCAGGUCGUCUGGAACGCGUCAUGAGUGGAACGCUCUAAUGGUGGGAAAUGGAAAACUUCAAUUCAAGUCUUCCCACCUAAGACUUCAUCUAGAAUGCAGCAUCAGGAACACAGAAUCUACAGGCAUUUUUGUAUCUUCUGCACUGAUUUUGGGGGAACGUCUAUGGAAUAGAUUUGAAUAUGUGACCCUGGACCACAAAACCAGUCAUAAGUAGCACGGGUAUAUUUGUAGCAAUAGCCAACAAUACAUUGAAUGGGUCAAAAUGAUCGAUUUUUCUUUUAUGACAAAAAUCAUUAGGAUAUUAAGUAAAGAUCAUGUUACAUGAGGAAAUUUUGUACAUUUUCAAUAUAUCAAAAUUUCAUUUUUGAUUAGUAAUAUGACUUAAUUUGGACAACUUUAAAGGCGAUUUUCUCAAUAUUUAGAUUUUUUUGCACCCUCAGAUUCCAGAUUUUCAAAUAAUUGUAUCUCUAACAAACCAUCCAUCAAUGGAAAGCUUUAUUUAUUCAGUUUUCAGAUUAUGUAUAAAUCUAAAUUUGAAAAAAAAAAAUUGACCCUUAUGACUGGUUUUGUGGUCCUGGGUGACAUAUGGUCAAAUUUGUUGUGUGUGGUGAAAAGAUCUGAGAGACGAGAGUACUGAAAACAUUAUCAAAUUAGCCAAAAUAUGUAAUAAACAAACACAAUGGGCAGGGGACGUGAAGAACUUAACAACAUUCAGAACCAUCUCCCACCUUCAUUUCCAAACGGUUAUUGAAUCUUCAUGUUAAAGUGCUUACAAAUCUGUCUGUGUACUUCUCGGCGGGUUCCAAGGAGCCAAGUACUUGCAGCUUUGUUUUAACUUGACAUUUUAGCAGUUAAUACUGUUCUGCGAGUAAUUUACGGUCUCAGUGGCGGCCUGAGCCUCAGGACACGCUGUUCCUCAUGUUUCUACCUGUGUGAUAAGAAAACAAUUUAUGUUCUCCGUUCAGUUCUACUGUGACGCACCUAUGACCAGUAGAUGGUCGGUGGUUAGCCUUGCCUUCAGGACAGGAUUCAUCUCAUAUUUUAGUGAAAGAUUCAUUGCUUAGGAACUGGAUUCAGCUGCUUCUAUUUAUUUUUCUUACAAAUGUCGUCUCCUGCCCAAGGGGUGAAAAGAAGAAGGUAAAAUGCCAUCUCACACCUCCCAUGCAGGAUUACACCUCCUUGUGAGGCAUCAGGAACAAUGACGUGAUGGGACAUGUUGUGAAAAUCUCAUUUCCUGUUUGUAUCAGAAAUAUUUGUGGCACAUACAAAUCUAACUUCACACAUAAUCAUUCCUCUGGUUUACAUACUUUAUGAUGAAAUUGUAUACAGGAUUAUUUAUUUGUAUGCUUAUUGUGUAGUUAUUGUGUUUUAAAAUUCAUUUUUCGAUUUGGACGUCUCAAAAUCAAACAUUUGAAGUAAAUGUCAAUGAGAAAAAAGUGUGUAAUGCAGAGCAGGCAAGGUCAUUCAUAAAACUGAACUGAGGUCAGUAGGAUAAAGGUGGCAGGUAGAUACCAGAAAGUGGUAAAAAAUAGACCUAAGCAUUAGAGUGCACUUUAGGUCCAAAAUAAAUGUCUGUUGUUACACAUUCUGUUUGUGGUCUGUACAGUUAGAAUUUGACAUAAUCGUUAUGUUGCGAACGAUAUAGAUUCUUUAAAAGGGGGCAUGUACUGUAUUUUUGUAUGAUUCAUGUAUACACAAUAGAGUUAUCUGUCAUGUACAUUUAAGUAACGUUACUAGCCUGUGUAGUGUUGUGCAUAAACAUAAUAAAAGGAUAUUCAUGCUGAUGAA